GAAAGUCAGAGCUUCGCUUCCUUGCCGCUAGUUGGUUGCAAAUGGAUGUAGCUGAGAAGUUUGACAAGCUCAAGGAGAAGUACCAGACGCUCAAGCAGCAGAAUGGUGUGCUCAAGAACGCCCUGAUAGAGAAGCAGCAGGAGUGCCAACGGCUGGAGGACCAGCUCAAGGAUGCUGAGAUCCAGGGCCGCAAGAAGGCCGAGGAGAUCGACAGCCUCCAGUACCACCACAACAGACUCACCAAACAGAUCACACAGCUCACCUCGCAAGUCGAGGAGGCGGUACGCUCGCACACACACCCAAUCGACCGACGAGGGAUCAGUUGUGCGAUUGCUGCCUGUCAUGCAUGUCAUGUCAUGUGUGUGUUGUGUGCAGCGUCAGAAGCCGUCGAGCUUCAUCGGCGGAUUGCUCAGCGGUCAGGGUAAGGAGACCCUGCAGAGGCUGGAGAACGAGCUCACUGUGGUGCGGGAGGAGCUGGGGCUGAAGAUACAGGAGAAUGGUAAGCUUCAGCCAGCCCAACAACCAUCCGUCCAUCAUCUUGAGCUCACGAUGGUUUGGCGGCGGGGGUGGUGUGUGUGUGUGUGUCAGAGGCGCUCCACGUGCAGCAGUUCGAGACGAAGCGUGCCCACCAGGAGGAGAUGGAACAGGUGCAGCGCACUGUCAACAACACUCAGCACCAGAUACAGGUAAAGGGCUGCACGACACACAACACACACGACCAACACAAGACCUCAUCUAUCGUCUGUCUGUCGCCUGGCAUCUGUCCAUCCAUCCAUCCAUCCAUCCAUCCGUCCGUCCGUCCGUCCGUCAGCAUUUGGAGGAGUGCCGGGCGUCUCAGGACGACGAACUGCGCAAGAGCCGAGACGCCCACGCCGCCCUCAGCGCCAAGCAGGAGCAGGUUGAGCAGCACCUGGGUGAAGCGAGGGGCGAGCUGCAGACCCUCAAGGCCACAGUGACUCACCUCAAGGCCAACUUCAGCAACGCAUACAGAGACCUAGCCAAGAGGUUCCACACACAGGUGAGCACAUGGUGGUGUCGUGUGGUGUCGAUGGCUACAUGGAUGGAUGGAUGGAUGACUACAUGGUGGUCAUUCAUUUCAUUGGCUGUGUGGGUACUGUACCGACAGGUUCCUCUUGACCUUUGUCGAUAUCCUUCCUACCAGCUGUACGAUGCCCACAGGGCCUCGCUGGUCGCCAUUCAGGUACGUACGUACGUCAGCCGCAUACGCCGCACCCCGCCAACGCCAUGCCUCUUUUCUGCCAUCCCAUCCCUGUCCGUCUGUGUGUGUGUGUGUGUGUGUGUGUGUGUCAGCACCAGCAGCGCCAUUGGUUCCUGGAGGUGCUUCGGUCUGUCAGCCACUACACGCAGGCACUACUGGCUGCCUACGGUGCGUGGCGGUCAUGGCUCAGCAAGCCCAUCCCGGCACUCAGUGGCACCCAGGGAGGCGAUAGAGGCAGCCCGACGCUUGAUAGAAUGGACGUCGCGAGGGAAAAGGUGAGUCAGUCAGUCGAUUGCGGAGGUCUCCGUGUGUGUGUAUAUGUAUGUGUUUCCAUGUGUUGUUUGUAUGUGUAGGCGCACGGUGCCGUUUGUGGUGUUGAGGAGGCUCUCCGCGGCAUGAGCGAAUUGUGUGUCGAGCUGGUGCAGGGGCUGCAGAGGAAUCCCAGCGACUUCUUCGCACUGCUCGCUGCUGAUGGUGAGUGAGGACUGCGGCCGAUAUAUCAGAGGUCGCCGCUGUCAGGGUCUGUAUGUCUGUUGUCAGAUAAGCCCCAUGAGCCACCAUCGCACUCUGUUGACCAGCUUAGGAAGACGUUAGAUGGCCUGAAGGUACCAGCCAGCCCACACACAGAGAGAAAGAGAGAACAAGCCAGACACCUGUGUAUGGAGCCGGGUUUGGUUUGUGCCAUCAGUCGAGCCGGGCGACCUUCCUUCGUCUGCACAAGGCCUUCAUCACCUACCACGUGCUGCUGCUGUCCCUCGAGGAGCUCAUGCUCAGCCCCUCCGACACGCCCAACGGCGCCCUCUCGCCCCACUCGCCCCUCUCGCCCACCAGCCUCUCGCCCUCACACAGCCCCAGGGCGGCCAUGUCGCCCCUGCAGGGGGCCAUGGAGGCCCUCAGGCGACUCCGAAUCUUCACCACACAGCUGUUCAGAUAUAUCGAUGUCAUCUCAGGUAGACGUGAGGGUGUGAGGGAGGGGAACGGCACCGAGUCGGGUCGGUAUGCAUCUUUGCUGGUGUCUGUUCGUUUGUCAGAUUGGCACAUGGACACGGAGCCUCCCCUGAGCGCGCUCCACUGGCAGGCGCCCUCCCACGACCCCUCCGCAGCCAUCCUCUCCACCCAGCCCCUCGACCGUCGCGCCUCCACAGCAUCCACGCGCUCAACCACUGCACCAACCCUGUCAGACGCGUCAUCAGACGGCCCACAACACCAGCCACAGAGCAUGCCGGUGCUCAUAUCCGCGCGGCCAGAGUUGUCCCGAUUCAUAUGGGGGCGGGUCGAGCGCGCUGUGCGAGAGACGGCCAAGGCCUGGGAGUCGCUGGCGAGGUGCAUGGCGCUGAAGGGCGAUCGCAUCGGGGGCGGCGGGGGGGCAAUGAUGGCAUUCGGUGAGGGCACCACAGCUGUGUCCGGCACCAGCAGCGAGUUCUACGCCCUCAUCAAGGCCCUCCACCAGGCCAGCAGUGCGGCUGUCACCCCGUCGCUGCGGUCGGCCAUCAAGGGCCUGGGGGAGGCCGUGCACGGCGACCCCAAGAGCAUCAUCGCCGCCCACUCAGCCGUCCAGCAGGGAGCGUCAUCCUGUCGCUCCCUGGUGUCUUCCGUCGCGCAAUCCUUGCGUUCUGCGCCCGAGCGCAUCGACGUGCGUGAGGCUCGCGAGUGGCGUGUCAAGGUGCAUCAGGCGGGUGAGAGGGAGAGGCAGCUCAAGGGGGAGCUCCAGCGGCUGCAGAGCGACAUGAACGCCUCCCUGGAUGAGAGCAGUCGGCUGAGGGAGGAGCUGCGGCAGGCAGAGGACGAGUGUGCCCUCCUGCAGACCAAUCUCACCGUCCUCAAGCAAACCCGGCUUCCAUCCCCCGCACCGGUCCCCGUAGCUGACUCUGCUGACGAGGCGACCACCACCAUCACGACCAGUGACGCCGGGUCAGAGCCAUCAGCCCCGCCAGCAAGGCCGCGUCGCGGCGACUGGCUGGAGGGCAGCAUAGAGCCAUGUCGGGGGAGGGAUGGCCAUGACACCAGCAGCAGCGUGGGCGGUGGUGGUGGUGAGGUGGAGAUAGAGGUGUUGCGUCUGUACGAGAACACCAUCCAGCAGCUCAAGGCCCAGCUACAGGAGGUGGACGCCAGAGCCCUCGACCUGCACGGCGAGCUGCGGAAGGCACUGAGGGUGAGAGAGAGAGAGAGAGAGAGAGAGCGAGAGAGCGACAGACAGCACGGACAGCCAGAGAGACGUCAGACAUAUUGUCCAUCCAUCCUCUCCUGUCUGCCUGUCUGCCUGCUCUGUGUCAGGCCUUGCGGACGAGCGAGGCGGAUCGAGAGCGGCUCGAGUUAGAGCUGUCGUCUCUGCGGGAGCGUGUCGAGGCGACCAAGAGCGACAUGGCGGUCACUCAGCAAUCAGUCGACUCCCAGCUGGCCCUCCUCACGGAACACAUCUGCGAGCUGUCCGAGCGACUAAGUGAGAAGGACGUCCAGCUGGCGGCCCUGCAGGCACAGAGGGUCCUCUGUGGCCGAUGCGGCGGAUGGAACACGGGUACAUGACGAGACAUGUAUGGAAGCGAAGGCUACCUGUGUGUGUGUUCUGUUGUGUGCAGUUGGUUGGCUGAUGGGCGAUAGAGGCGGCGGCAAUGGGUUGUGUCACAUCUGCAGGGGCAAGGUGCUCGAGGCGCCAGAGUGACCUAAUGCGAGAUGGGCCCAUGUACACAUAGCCUGGCCAGAUCUGGUGCAGAAGAGGAAUGUGAGUGUUGGUCCACCUGUCUUUGUGCAAAUUGCAACACGCUCACUGCAGAUCUACGUAUGCGAGACAUGAAUAUGUGGUCCCACUCAUUGCCCCUUUCGGG